AUGGCAGAUUAUCUUUCAAGAUCACCAGUCGAAGUAGCUGAAGAAGAUAUUGAAGAACGAACUCCAUAUGAAUCAACAUCAACACAAACAGAUUUAUUAUUUUCACUAUUAAAUAAUAAUUUAAUUCCAUUAAAAAUAACAACAGCAGUUAUUAGAGCUCAAGCCAAAUUACAACAACAAGCAACGGCAACACCAUCUAGUAAACCAACAGAUGAGAAAAUUAAAGAGCUCGUUCCACUAGGGAUAGCAGCGACUAAUGAAGAACUGAUAAUCAAACAAUCAAAUGAAAAUCCAAACAAAAUCAUCCCAUUUGAUAUGGAUGAUUUAAGAAAACUUCAAGAAGAGGACAAAACAAUCGAAGAAAUAAAAAAGAACAUUAAGAAUAAAAAACAUUAUUUCAUCAAAGAUGGAACAUUAUUUAGAAAACAACAACCACCACGUCCACCAGUGCCAUACGUUCCCGCAGGACGAAUACGUGGUGAUAUAUUAAAAAUUUAUCAUGAUACACCUGCUAAUGGAGCUCAUUUUGGACGUGAUAAAACAAUAAGGAAAAUUCAAGAACGUUAUUAUUGGCCAACAAUGAUAGCUGAUAUUAGAAAUCAUAUUAAUUCACGUUUACCAUGUGCACAAAAUAAUUAUCGUCGUUAA